AUGUCUUCAGCACCGCUGCCCCAGCACGGCGGGCACCCGCACGCUCACACGAUCGGGGCGAGCGGGCUUGCCGCCCUUUUAGCGGCGGAUCGCGUCGUCAGCCACUUCGGGCAUCUAGCGCAACUGCCCCUGCCCCUGAAGAGCGGUGAGGUGCACGCAUGCCAUACAGACACGGCCUCACAUCUUGAUUCCAUCUGGCUGCAGUUCGCGAAGAAGGCGGCCGAGCACAACCAUGAGCUGAACGCUCAGCGUUAUCGGGAACACUUGCAGCUGGAAGGCGGUUCUCGACAAGUGGUACGCGACUACUCCGCGCCACUGUCCCUAGUGCAAACAAGUGGAAAACCGAAAUCUCCGACAGCUUCGACGACAACGUCAGCUGCCGCCGCAGCAUCCACUUCUUCAGCGGCCAACAGCAGCGGCCUGACUGCGAGCACAACAUCAACAUUAGGCAGUAGCAGUGCAAGCAGCAGCAGCAGCAGCCUCGCGAUGGGCAAAGCCCAGGGACCAGCUGGAGCUUCAGACGGAGCUCCGAAACGCAGAGGUCGCGGCAAAGAGCGACAAUGGUCGUUGAUUCGCUACUACGACAACGAUUCCGAAGCCAAAGGGUUCGUGGCCGCCGAACGAACAUGGGUCAUGCAGAAGAAAACACAAGUGCAGGAAGGGACUAAGGUUUACUACGAGUGCUCCAAGUAUCGCUCGGCUCGAUGCCCAGCGGCAGUGUCUCUUCUUUACCACGCGAACAGUGAUAAAGUUUCUGUGUUCCGAGCGUCCGGAGACCACAAUCACGCCCCGGUGGAAAAGGGAGUCCGUUCGAAAAACGCUCCGCAGGAACGAUGUCAAAGCGUUCAUAACGAGCAGCACAAUAGUGAGAACGCUCUGCCCGUCCUCAACCCGCAUCACUCGGCCCCGGAAGACUACAGGCCCGAGUCGGCCCCGACUCUGCUGCGACCGGUGGCCACCUACCCGAAACAGGCGAACGAGCCGAUCCAUCCGCUGAAACGCUUCAAGAUGCAACACGCCUCCGGCCAGUUCGACUAUCUAACCAAAUAUCCGAUACAAGAACAUCCCGAAGCUCAAAUGAGUCCGAACGCCUAUCACGCGUUCAAAGCCGUUCCUCGCUCGGACUACACGGAACUUUCCGAGACUCAAAUUUCGGAAUCUUCGAUGCACAUCAAGGAAGAGCCGGGUCUUGUGUCGCCCAGCAUCGAGUCGUCGUCGUCGUACGACUCGGGAAGCAGUGAUCUUUCGAGGGGUGGAGCUCCUCGAUGCUUCAUACCGGAUUGUCCCACAAAUCGUCUGCCUCGCACCGAAUCGUCGUCGUCGUCGAAAGCGCCGACUCUCGCGAACCUCUUAGGUCACACUCCGGUUAGCCCACCUCUGAAAUACCCCGAGCUGAUGGGAUUCCCAGACGACGUUCUCCUUCGCAUGGUCUGGAGCAUGAACGUAAAUCUGAGUAAUCCGGACGGCACCUUGAAACUGGCGACCAGCUCAGACUUCCUCUGUGAAGCACAUUUUACCACCGAACGCUUUGACUCCAAGGGCAAUCUGCGCAAGGACGCUGUGCCCACACUGUUCGGUGAUCAGGCUCGCAUUAAAGAGGUCUGCAGUCUGCCAGAACACCCCGAACAGAUGGACUGUAAGGUGACCACGUCCAAAGAAGUGAAGACAGUCAAGAAGAAAUCGUUGCGAGCCCGGGUCAGAAGCGCAACUCUCGCUCGUCGACUGCGGCUCGCCCAGCUGAACAUCGAGCGCAUGAGAAUACGGAAGAGGUCUUACCAGAGCAAAAUAAAUCUCCUCAAGCGACUCGUUCAGGAGAACGGGGAGAAAUCUUCUAAACGUACCAGUUGA